AAAGAAAAUAAAUUACUCUCCAACCAAAAAAUUGCAUUGUAUAUGUCUCUUGGUGGAGGAAUGCUUGUCACCAACUCCUUUUUUUUCUACUCUCUCUCACAGCUUCUUUAAAACUCUUUAUCAGAGUAAAAAGAGAAAUCCAGAGCUUGUAACCUCAAGGAGUGAGAAAGAGAUAGCUCUGUUUCUUUCUGGGUAAAUGGACAUGCACAGAUGUAAGCUCUGCUUCAAGAGCUUCUCUAAUGGAAGAGCUUUGGGUGGUCACAUGAGGUCUCAUAUGUUGAAUCUGCCAUUUCCUCCAAAACCAGAAAAAGAAAAAGAACAACACCCACCCAUUCAACCCAGUGAAGACACUAGGUCAGCUUCUUUUUCGGAGGAAGAAGCAGAAGAAGAGGAAGAAGAUAAGAGUCUUUGUUAUGGGUUGAGAGAGAAUCCCAAGAGAAGUAUUCGAUUGGUAGAUCCUGAGUUCUCUUUUGCUGCCGAUGCUGCCUCUGUUCUUCAAGAUAGAGAAAGCGAGACUGAGUCCUCCAAGAACCCAACUCGAAGACGAUCUAAACGGACUCGAAAACUUUUAGAACACCCAUAUCAACAGCAUAGACAAGAGCAAGAGAGCAAUAUAAAGAAGAUUAAUUUUAGCAAAUUUAGUAAGACCGAAUCAUGGGCUGAGGCUGAACCAGUGAGUUCAAUCUCUGAUACAACAGCAGAGGAAGAUGUAGCUUUCUGUCUUAUGAUGCUUUCAAGGGACAAAUGGAAGAAAAUGGAACAAAAAGAACAAGAUGAGGAAGCAGAAGAUGAGAAGUCCAUUGAGGAAACAGAUGAAUCAGAUGAGUUCAAAUCUUGCAAGACAAGAACUCGCGGAAAGUACAGGUGUGACACAUGCAAGAAAGUAUUUAAAUCUUAUCAAGCUUUGGGUGGACACAGGGCAAGUCACAAGAAGCUCAAAGUUUAUACACCAUCUAAAGAAUCAAACUUGGAGUCAUCUAAUGUAGGAACUUCAAGUUCUAUGGCAGAGAAAAAAAUUCAUGAAUGUCCAUAUUGUUUCAGAGUAUUUUCAUCUGGACAAGCUCUGGGCGGUCACAAGAGAUCGCAUUUAACUGGUGUAGCUGCAACUCCUGCUAGAAGUUCUUCAAAGAUCGAAGACAACUUGAAUUUAAUAGAUCUUAAUCUCCCAGCUCCAAUUGAUGAUGAUGAUCUUAGCCAAAUCGAGCUAUCUGCGGUAUCCGAUGCAGAAUUUGUCAACCACAUCAAGAGGUGAGUGUUUCCUUAAUCUGCAAAGAUAUUCGAAAAAGAAGGUUGGAUCCAAAAGUAAAAAUCUUUUGGCUACUUUUGCGUUUUGGGAUCUAAAAUCAUGCGAAUUUGUUAGUUUUAAUUGAGUUUUAUGGUUCCUGUUAAUUUAUCUAGACUAUUUAUCGGUUCAAAUUCUAACAGUAAUUCAUUUCUUA